AUGCAUCGUCUACUGUUGUACACAAUUUUCAUACUCUCCUCAAACAGAAUAAGUACAUUUAAAACGUUAGAGAAUUUUAAGGAACAAUACAAGAAGGUAGAGAAACAGGAUUUUAGUACUUCCGACGCGUUCGUGGGUAGAGCUAUGGAUUUUAUUUAUUCUAAUAAAACUAUUAUGAGUUUGGUUGCGCGGGAGUUGUGGAAUAUUGGUUCUAAAGCUAUCGAUAGAAUUGUCGAUGUUAAAGGUCACGGAGGUGCUCAAUCAAUAGAAUUUUAUGGUGAAAAGUUCUAUGUUAAUUAUUGCAAUGAUUUCAAGAGACAAACAAUUAUUUGAGUACCUAGUUUAAGAGAAGAGUUCCAGCCUCCAAGGGAUUACAGACCCUCGAAGUGGAUUUCAAAUAGUGCACUUGACGUGUGGUACGGAAACAAAAGUAUGGUGGAUAUCCUUUCAAGAGAAUUCAAGGAAGUUGUGGAUAGAAUUGCGAAUAGACCCGUCCGUUCAAAUAAUGAGAGUAUUAGCACCCCGAAGAAGUUAACUAAUGACAAUUCAUCAAUGCCUGCUGAACGUCGGAUUGAAAAUGAAACAAACAGCUUACAACAGCAAGCAGCAACAGCACUUAUAAGUUAA